UAUCAUUUUUUAAUCACGCUAUGAACUGAUACUGUCAGCGAUAUUUACAUCAACCUGUAGUUAAACGUCUAAUUCAUACAGAUUUCCUGCACAGGAAACCGGAUUCAAAGAGUUCACAAUGCCUGGAAGGUUGUGGUGCAAGGCAAUCUUUGCUGGAUAUAAGCGUGGCCUGAGGAACCAACGUGAGCACACGGCGCUGCUCAAAGUAGAGGGAGUGUACAGCCGUGAUGAAGUGGAUUUCUACCUGGGCAAACGUUGCGCCUAUGUCUAUAAGGCAAAAAAAACCACAGUGACUCCAGGUGGGAAGCCCAAUAAGACCCGUGUUAUCUGGGGUAAAGUCAUGCGUGCUCAUGGUAACAGUGGCAUGGUGCGUGCCAAGUUCACAAGCAACCUGCCACCCAAGGCCAUCGGCCACAGGAUACGCGUGAUGCUGUACCCCUCCCGGGUCUAACAGGCUUCAAAAAAUUAAUUAUAAUUAUACUUAAUGUUCAUUAAAUAUAAUUAUAAUUAAUCCUUGUUUGCCUUUUUUUCUGUUCAGUUAUAAUAAAUGUGCCUCGAUCAGAGGUGGCCAAA